AUGGUCCCAGAAGAUGCAGACAAGCUUGGUGGAGUGGAGGAGGUAGUGGGUAGGCGUCUGACACUUGACUUGCUUCGGAAGAUGAAUUCCAGCGCUUUGUGCCACUGUGCCUUUUACUCGCUGUGUCUUGCAACUCUUGUGGUUGGGCAUGUCCAUCCAGAAUGCGAUUUUGUAACUGAGCUAAAGAAAAAUGAGAAUGAGUGUCUGAGGGAUGCUGAAGACUGGGGAAAUGGGACUAAAGGUUGCAAGAAAACAUGGGACCGGUUGCUGUGCUGGCCUGAUGCAGAUGCUGGAGAGACUAUUGCCUUACCAUGUCCGAACAUCCUCUUUUACUUCAUGAAGAAGCCAGCUGGCCUGGUGAGAAGAAACUGCACGAAGAAAGGAUGGUCAGAUCCAUUUCCCUCAUACCAUAUUGCCUGCCCAGUGGAAGAUGAGAUUCCCAUUGAAGAACACUCCUAUUUUUCUACGGUAAAGAUCAUCUACACUGUAGGAUAUAGCGUAUCUAUCGCCUCGCUCACCAUUGCUGUGACAGUUCUCAUUGCCUUCAGGAGACUCCGCUGUCCCAGGAAUUAUAUCCACAUCCAGCUCUUUCUCACCUUCAUCCUGAAAGCUAUUGCCAUAUUCAUUAAGGAUGCCGUCCUCUUCCAAAAGGAAGACAUUGAUCAUUGCAGUUUCUCUACUACUGAAUGCAAGAUCUCAGUUGUUUUCUGCCACUAUUUUAUGAUGACCAAUUUCAUGUGGCUGCUGGUAGAAGCUCUUUAUUUGAACAGUCUGCUGCUCUCAUCCCUCCCUCAUGGAAGAAGAUACUUUUGGUGGCUGGUUCUGUUUGGCUGGGGUUUCCCAACAUUUUUCACCCUUGUGUGGAUAUUAACCAAGUUUUAUUUUGAAGACACAGCAUGCUGGGAUAUUAACCAUGGCUCUCCGUACUGGUGGCUAAUCAAGGGACCUAUCAUCCUUUCUGUUGGGGUCAACUUUAUCCUCUUUGUCAACAUCAUCAGAAUCUUGCUGAAAAAGUUGGACCCAAGACAAAUCAACUUCAAUAACUCCUCUCAAUACAGGCGUCUCUCAAAGUCAACACUGCUUCUUAUUCCACUAUUUGGGACCCAUUAUAUUGUUUUCAACUUCCUCCCCGAAUAUACCAACCUGGGAGUCCGGCUUUAUUUAGAACUCUGCAUUGGAUCUUUUCAGGGAUUUAUUGUUGCUGUUUUGUACUGCUUCCUUAAUCAAGAGGUGCAAGCAGAAAUUGGCCGUCGAUGGCAAGGCAAGAGCUAUGGAAUAAUGCCAGUGUGGAGGAGGAGGACUAGGUGGACCAUGCCAUCCAGUUCUGGCAUCAAAAUGACUACCUCUGUGUGCUAGGGACAACAGCUGGGCUUGGACCAGUGGCACUGAAGACCCUGGUGUUAAUCUAGGAUAAGGAACAGGUGAUUGUAAGAGGGAAAAUCUACUGCUGGUCAUUUUAAACUGCUUGAGUGAAUGAAUUAGAGUCCAUUUCUCCUGCAAUUCCACUCCCCGAACCUGUAGGGCAAAGAAACGGGAAAUACGGUAGCAUCAGAUCAAAUGCUAGUUGGCUGGACACUUGAUCAGCUUUCAUGGGCAGCCUGUGCAAAAUGACGCUAUUGAAGUGUCUGAUCUGGAGGGUAGUACCCAUGCUUCAAACUGGAUUCAUACUAGUGAGCUGGACUCUUGCCUCUGGUUUUGAAUCCCUGAUCUAGUACGCAAGGAGCAAACCACAGCUUAAAUCCACAGCAUUGUCUAUGCAACUCCCAUUUUGGGUCCACAAGGAAGUCAGGAGAUUCAGAGAUAAGACCGCAACACUCCCAUCUGAAUUUUGGAUAUUGAGCUGAACCUUUUUCUCAAACCCGCCGGUGAUGUUCAGAGCCUAUUCUGAUAGCCUACGAGUUGAAAUUCCUCGAGAAUUAAGUGGGAGGAAAUGGAAUGACUGGGAAAGAGAAAACUCCAUUUGAGGGUCUUUUUGGAUGCACUGAGCUAGAGCAGCUAAAACAUGGAAGGAAACUGAUGAAGCUGCUCACUAGAGAAAGACCAAUUGGAGAGGUGCUUUAUGGAUGCAAUUUAAUUUUAGGGAAAAGGAAAUGGAAAUAGAAGGAACCAAUGUGUGAAAAAAUGUGAAUAAGAGCAGCAGAAGAAAAUCAAGCUGAUCACAACGUAAACCUUUUGAUGAAAAUAGAAAAAAACAACCACCCACUUUU